AAUACUCAUGAAGAAAAUAUUGCAGCUCUAAUAAUUAUUUAUUGUAUUUAUUUAUAUCCUUAAUUGGUGCGCGAUUAUUUUCGUAAAACUUAUUAGUGAUUUAUAAGUCCAAACGUGAGUUAUACAUCAAUAAAUACGAUCGGAAGUUGUUAAUUUACGUUGGUCAGUACUCAGUGUAACUAGUUAUUUUUUAACCACCACAAUGAGCGCUGCUCAGACUAGUACGCAUAAUUUUAAAGUUGUGCUACUGGGCGAAGGAUGUGUAGGGAAGACAUCGAUCCUGCUGCGGUACAUCGAAGACAAAUUCAACGACAAACAUCUUACUACGCUGCAGGCAACUUUUUUGAACAAAAAGUUGAAUAUAAACGGGAAACGCAUCAACCUCUCUAUAUGGGAUACAGCGGGCCAGGAGAGAUUCCAUGCAUUAGGACCAAUAUAUUAUAGAAAUUCUAAUGGAGCCAUCCUGGUAUAUGAUAUAACAGAUGAAGAGUCGUUUGUUAAGGUCAAAAAUUGGGUUAAAGAAUUGAGGAAGAUGCUUGGAACAAAUAUAAUUCUUGUUAUUGCGGGCAACAAAGUUGAUUUGGAACAUGAAAGAACUGUUCCCUUGGAGGAGGCAGAAAGUUACGCGGAGAAAGUCGGUGCUAAACAUUUCCACACAUCGGCCAAACUCAACCAAGGAGUCGAAGAGCUAUUUCUGGAGCUAACUCAGGAGAUGGUGGUGAAAUCUGAGGAGAACACACAGACAGACAACACCAGAAACUCCAGAGUACUGGUGGUUGAUGAUGAGCCACCCGCGCAGAGUUCGUGCUGCUUCACCAAUAGGAGUGCUUAAAGUGAAGGCCAAUGUGGUGUCACCUAAAUGGGCGCUUAAGCUUAAGGGCACUUAAGGCCGUGUGUCACCAAUAGAGCCGCUUAAGGCUUAAGGCCGUGUGUCACCAAUAAGGCCGCUUAAGGCUUAAGGCCGGUGUCACCAAUGAGGGCGUUUAAGUUUAAGGUCGUGUAAUAUCAUCAAUAAGGGGCAAGGGCGUUUAAGGCCGUGUAUAACCAAUAGGAGCGCUUAAGGCCUUUAAACCACCAUGGCCUACGAUGAGGCAGCACCGUGGCCUCAAAUUUUAAAAGUAUGAAAGACUCAGAGGUGUCACCACUGAUGUUUGUGUAAUUUUGCGUUGUCCUAUGAUAAUAUUAUAAGAGCCCUUAGGCCAUAGGUAAAUAUGAACAUCGUUGCCAGAUUGUGCUGAUAGUUUUAUGAGUAAUGGCUCUAACAGCUAAAAACAUAACCAUAUUUUUUAUUCGAAAAUAAACUUACAUAAUUGUGUGUUGCUUAACAGAAGGGUAUUUCACGUAAUUGUUUGUUUUAGGCUUAACUGACACUGGGGCAAAAUCGAAGCGACGCGACGUGUCAUAAUAUUUUUCCGUCUACAGCAUACUAUUUAUCUCGAUUGUUAUACAGUAUUUAGGUACAAACUACUGUGAUAGUUCAUAGUAUGGUGGCGUGAAUGCACUCUUCCAUAUUUUCAUAGCAGAAAUUUGUACUUAAAUAGAAGAACUAUAAGGAUGGUUUGACAUAACGCGACCAAACUACGUAGCUCCUCCAUC